AUGACCGGUCCGGAGGCGGCGUCGACGGUGUUCGUGGGGAGCAUUAGCCCUGGCGUGCCGGACCGCUGGCUGCACCAGCUGCUCGAGGCGUGUGGUGGAUUCCGGAAUCUGAAGCGCGUGAGCAAGGCAUUUGGAUUCGCCGACUUUCAGAGCGCGCCGGACGUGCUGCGCGUGCGCUCCGUCCUGAACGGCGUGGAGCUGCCCAGCAUGGGCGCGGAAUACGGCGCGCCGCCAAAGAAGCUCGUGGUCAAGGCGGACGAGAAGACUAACAUCUUUCUCGGCGAGUUUGAAAAGACCCUCGUCCAGACCGACGUCGACCGGCAAAAAGAGCGCGAGGCGCGGCGGCGCGUCGACCACCUCGUCGGCGUCAUGCGCAAGCGCGCGUCGGACAAGGGCGAGGUCGACGUGAGCGUGUACGAGAUUCCCGCACACCUCAAGGACCUGCCGCAGGAAGAGCUGCACGGCCCGAAGCGCGAGCACGUCCUCUCGGAGAUUGAAAAGUUCCGCCUGUCGGCCGUCGCACGCGACGCCGCCGAGCGCAAGCGCGUGCUCGAGCUCGAGCGGCGGCGUGCGUUGCUCGCGCAGGAGCGCACACACCGGCACGCCGAGCCCACGCCCGAGCCGACCGAGGAGACGGAUCCAGAAGGCGCAGACGAGGCCGCGGAGCAGCGCCGCAAGCGCGCUGUCGCCGAGCGCCGCGAGCGCGAGGGGCGCGAUGCAGAGGCGGCGUACAAUGAAAAGGAGCACGCGCGCAUCCAGUACUGGACACAGCACAUGCCGCGCGACCGGCCCCCGCCGCCGCUCGACGGCCUCCGCGAGGACCGCGAGCUGGCGUCCGAGCUCUUUUGGACCGACCGCCGGCGCUGGCUCGCCGAGCGCGCGCCCCACCGCCGGCGCGAGCAGGACGCAGACCAGGCCGACCGCGAGGCGCAGGCGGCCGAAGAGGAAAAGGCACGCCAGGACGCCGAGGCCUUUCUCGAGGAGCAGGCACGCGAGAUGGCGGCUCUCGCGGAAAAGCAGCGGCAGUCGGGCCUGCUCAUGCACGACGGCCAGCCCCUCAAACUCCAGGUGCAUCGCGCAAAAGAGGACGAGGCACGCCGCAAGCGCCUCGCCCUUGUGCACCACCUCGGGCCGCACCCGAGCCGCGACGCGGUGGAAAAGGUCCUGCCCACCGAUCCGUCCGACUUGUUUGCGGUACCCCCAGACUGGCAGCACAUCCAGGCGGAAACCUAUCAGCCCCUCCUCGAUGCCGGCAUCGAGGACAGCCUGGGCGAGGCUGUCGACGAUCUGCGCGACGCCGCGCUCGAGAAACUGCGCGAACACGCACCGGCACACGAGAUUAUCGAAGUCUUGGAGCCGGUGCUCGAGGACGACGCGCAUGCCCUCGUCGUGCGCCUGUGGCGCGCCAUGCUCGUAGACGCGCUCACCGCGCUGUCGGAGCAGCCGCCGAGCGACGCUGCGGCGCGCCUCGGGAUGCUUUCCAGCGCCGUGCCGGUCAUGGCCGAGCUCAAGGCGGCGAACCGCGGCGCGUACGCGGCACUCGCCGAGCGCCGCGGCGACGUCCGAGCCGCCCAACGGCGCGUCGACGAUGCGGCGAUCGCGCUCGAAGAACUGGUCUAUGAGCGCAAGCAGCUCGAGGCACAGAUUGCCGCGUGUGCACACCUCGAUACAGUCUAUGAACAGGUGCCGCUGCGGCCACAGGAAGAGAGCGGCGUCGAGGGCGACGAUCCCCACCACGUGAUGCUCGCCCGCCUCCAGGACGAGCUCGAGGCGCGCCGCAAGCUCGAGCAGCAGGCCAAGGCGCUCGAGGACGAGGCGCAGACAUACCAGCGCGAGCAGCGCGCAUCCAUGCGGACACUGCGCACGAAACAGAAACAGAUCAGCAGCCUCGUCGAGGCUGCAAAAAAGUAG